ACAAAACCCCUUUUGGAGCAAACCAUCGGCACUAUCGGCACUUUUAACACAUGUAUAGUCAUUGCGUAAAAGUACCCAAAAAUUUCGAAAUCCCAAAUUAACAUAGAACGCCGGUGAGGCCCGUGCGCUGCCCCGUCCCCGCCCCUCUUUAAAUCCGAGCAGCAACCGAGCAGCGGGUUCAGAUCAGCGACAUGGCAUCGGAUCACGAGGAGUCCGACGCGGAACUGGACGAGAACUACUACACAUUUCUUAAUUUGCCCCGGGAUGCCACCCCGGAGCAGAUCAACACGGCGUACCGGAAACAGAGCCGCAUCUUCCACCCGGACAAGCACCUGGAGCCGGAGAGCAAGAAGAAGGCCGAGAUCAUGUUUAACCGCACCAAGCGCGCCUACGAGGUGCUCUCGGAUCCCCAGCAGCGGGCCAUCUACGACUCCGUGGGCGAGAAGGGCCUGCGCACCGAGGGCUGGGAGAUUCUCCACCGGACGAAGACUCCGGCCGAGAUCCGGGAGGAGUACGACCGACUGGCCCAGGCGGCCGCCGAGCGACGCCUUCAGCAGCGCACAAAUCCGCGGGGCAACAUCACCAUCAACGUCAACGCCACGGAGAUCUUUGCGCCGUACGACGACUCCGAGAUGCCGCGCGUCGAAAUCGGCUCCAUGAGCAUUGCCCAGUCCAUCGAGGCUCCCAUCACGCGCAAGGACAUGAUCAUCAUGAGCGGCAACCUGUACUCCUCCAAUGGCAAUGGCAGCGGUGGCUUCGUAGUCGCCGGACGACGGCUGCUCAACAAGGGUUGGCUGGAGCUGUGUGCCGGCGCGGGAAACGGAUUCCUUCUGGGUCUCAAGGGUGGCCGAACACUGAGUCAAAAGGUAACCGUGAACGGUGGUACUAACCUUAACUUCCGGGACCAGGGGGUCAUACCCGCCCUGUUCUCCACGCUGGCCGUGCAGCUGGACAAGCACACGAUGGGCAGCCUGACGCUGAACGCCGGUCCGCAGUCCUCCAUGUCCACGCAGAUCGAUCACUCCAAGGAGACGUACUCGCUGAGCUCGUCCCUGGUGAUUGGCACGCCGCAUGUGUACUUCGGGCUGUCCUACACCCGCAAAAUGAUGGAGAACGAGCUGAAGAUGAAGCUGGCGGCCAAGGUUGGAACCUUCGGCUUUAUGGGCGAGUAUGGAGUGGAGAAGAAGGUCUCCAAGUACAGCUCAGUGACGGCCAUGGUGUCGAUUGGCGUGCCUUCCGGAGUUAUACUCAAAUUCAAAAUACUACGUUCAAACCAAUCGUACGUGUUCCCCAUCCACCUGAGCGACGAGAUUGUGCCCGCGGCGGUUUUCUACGCCUCGGUGACGCCGGUGAUUGCGUGGUUCCUCAUCAAAAAGACUGUGAUGGAUCCCAUGGAGGCGGAGCGCAAGAGCAUUGAGGUGGAGCGGACGAAGCGGCAGAACGAGCAGCGGCUGUCAGCCAAGCGGCAGGAGGCCAGUGCCGCCGUCCACCUAAUGCAGGCCACGUACCACCGCAUCAUGACCGAGGAGCUGGAGAGGACGGGUCUGAUCGUCACGCGAGCCGUGUACGGCUGCACGACGGAGGGCGGCAGCCAAUUUAAGCCGGAUCAGUCCCUGGACGUCACAGUGCCCAUUCAGUGCAUGGUCAAGGACGGAACCCUGCAUCUGCAUGAUUCCUCGAAGAGCGACCUGCCCGGUUUUUAUGAUCCCAGCAUCGGGGAGGAGAAGAUUCUGCGCAUAGAGUACACCUACCAGAACCAGUUCAAAGUGAUCAACAUCAAGGACAACGAGGCGCUGCGACUGCCAUUGCCAGGAUAGUGGGGCCUCGCUGCUCUACACUGCAAUUAGUUUAAAUCUUCAGUUGUGUUUGUAACUUGUUUUUAUUCUUGAUAGAAAAGACCCAUUCCCAGGACUUGGGGGCAAGUAUCGCCAGUUCGUAUGUUGCCCCAAAUUACAAUACCAUUCUGUAACUCGCUAUUAUUUGGGAUACCUACGCGAUCCGAAGAGCGCAAUAAACCACAAAAAUAUGAAA